AUGUUGGGUCCUACUCCAGCCCGUACUCCGCUCUCCUUCACUUUUGAGGACAGCGAUUCCGAGUUUGAUGCUCAGAUGGCAAUGCCUGAUUAUGAGCCCAUGUCUCCUGUUGUCGCCAAUCUUAAGAAGAUGGUUGCCAAUCGCAAGACCGCUCCUAGUGAGAGCGGCACCACAGCAGAGAGUCUCAGUUCCGUUGGCCGUAGCAUGUCCAACAAGCGUAGCAUCUCAAGCAUGGAUAGCACUCCCCCCGAGUCGCCCAUUGAGGCUUUCCUCUCCCGGCCCGAGACUCCCAAAUACCCUUACAACAACUGGGACUCUACCUCCACAUUUACCAUGCGUAACGGCCAGGUCUAUGACUUUGGUCAGCUCCAAAUGAUGUCGCUCGAAGUUGCUGAAGCCAGACGCAACGGAGAAUUUCCCCCUACCACCGAGCCUACUCUCGAUGCCAAUGCUGUUGCCGAAGACUUCAACUCGCUCACCUAUCUUCGACGCCUUCGAGGUAGCCAACUUGCUCCUGCUCCUCAGUCAUACAUCCACUUCCGCGAGCAGGUUGCACUCGGCAUCCAGGUCCGUCAGGCAUCUCUCAAGCGCGAGACUGAUCAAGAAGUCGCCAACCGUGUUGACCACUACCUUCAAGCUGUGGAAGCUGAGCAGCGCUAUUACAACGCUAGCAACACCAUAAUCCAGCAUCGCGAGGUCACAAACCCUACUCAGCAGGACUUCAUCGACCCCCACGAUGACAUGUGCUCUAUGGUCGAGCAUACCAUCGAGCAGGGCAUUUCCGACGCCACUGGACCCCUACGCAUGAACGUUUCUAAUCUCAAGAAACAAGGCGAAGUCUUCCAAGAGCAGACAGCCCUCCUGCAGCAUCAGAAUGACAUGUUCCAACGACAGACUGAUGGACUUGUCCAACAGCAAAGCGGACUCCUUCGACAGCAGGCCGAUGUCUUCCAGCAGCAGAAUGCCAUGUUCCAGCAACAGGCCCAGGAGCGAACCAGUCUUGUUAAGCAGCAGACCAGUCUCCUACGACAGCAAGCCGACAUCUUCCAGUGCCAGACUCAGAAGCAGAAUGACCUCUUCCUGCAGCAGCACAGCAUGUUUCUGAAUCACAAGGCUAGCCUUCGGGAACACAGCCGUUUCUUCAAGAAGCAGACCGACACUCUAGAGCAGCAAAACAGAGCCAUGAAUGCUUCCGUCACUCACUUGAGUAACCUUAUCGAGCCUCAGAUCUAUAACAACCAGGCUGCCGCUCAGACCCUCGCGUCUGCCAACCAGCUUUUCAUCGACUUGUCGAAAGAACUCCCCGAGACCAUCCGAUGCGCUGUUGAGGAAGCUUCCCAGAAACAAGCUCGCGAGCUCGUUGAGCAAGCUCUUCAAAUCCAGCAGAUGGCUCCCGCCGACCCGCAGCAGGAUGCCAAAGCCAUCAACGCCGCCCAGGAAAUGAAGGCCGCCGCUGUUGGUUCCGAUAGGGCCGAACGAAGUGAGCGAUCAUCUCUCUUCCGUAUGGUGCGCAAGUUCAAGCGCCAGCGCAUCUCUUCGUGA